CUGAAAGCGGAGCAAGAGGAGGACGAAAAUUUAAAAACAGAUCCUGAAGAUUGGAACUUAGCCAUCAGCAACGACAAUAAUCAACAGCCAACAUUCCAAGAUUUUAUAAACGUCGAUGACGGUUUAAUAGUUUCAGGAGAACUUAAUGAAGGCGACAUUGUUCAUGCCUUCUCGUCUUCUUCAUUGGAAAAUGAAGAAGAUGAUGAAAUGAGCGCGGAAGUAAAUUUAGUAAAAAUUUCUAAACGCGAAGCAGUAAAAGCACUAGAAACUUUGCACAGUUAUUUUGAAAUGUCAUCAAUUGGUGACCAAAGCAUAUUUGAUAGAAUUUAUAACAUCGAAAAACAUCUGAUGGCUGAUACUUACAAACGACAAACUAAAAUGACAGAUUUUUAUAAUUGA